AUGUUUCUUAAAGGCACUUUAAAUAAUGAAAUUGAAAUAGGUCCAUCUAAAUUUAUCACUGAUAUAGAAGUGGAAGAAAUAAAGAGCCAUAAUAUGCAAAUUGACUCAAUAGACAUGCUAAUUAAGUCACCGUGGAUUAUGGUAAAAGGCACUAAAUACAAACCUAAAAUGGUACUUGCUCUUAAUAUACAAGAAAAUGAACUUCCCAAAUUUUGUAUAAUAGAGCAAAUUUUUCUAUAUAAUAAUAAGUAUGUCAUUUUUAAGUGUUCAGAACUUGAAACAAUUAUGUUUGAUGAACAUAUAUUCUCUUAUGAGGUAAAAGUAGAGAAUAGUUAUCAAUUUGUGUAUCACCAUAUGUUGCCUUCCUUCAUUCCAAAUAAUAUUAAUAUAUUACCCAAUGGAUAUAAAUAUGUAACAUUGAGAAGCAGCAUUUAG